UUGUUUGUUUUUGGCAACAUUGUAUUGUAAUGUAAUAUCUGUUUUGUUUUGGAGGUUAUGGUUCAAAAGUUUGAUAGCUUUUAAAUUUAAUUUUAUAAAAAUCGUAAUUUACAUAAGACAUGGGAACAAACGUAAACCCGGAUAAAAAUCAGCUUUUAGCUGUUUUACAAGUUUUACGAAAAUAUAACCUAAAAGGUACGGAAGAGUUGUUAAAGAAAGAAGCGAACAUUGCAAUCAAUUUAGAACAAGAGAAAGUAGAAUCAGAUGUUAACAGUGUUCUAACUGGGUACAAAAGUGAUGGUGAUCCGGAAACGUACGAAGCGUCAUAUGUUGAGCUAAAGCACUUCGUUGAAAAUUCUUUGGAUAUUUACAAGCACGAGUUAGGGAUGAUUUUGUAUCCUGUUUUGGUUCAUAUGUAUCUUGAGCUAGUUUAUAACGGUCACACUGAAAAAGCCAUUGAUUUGAUGCAAAAAUUUGGCCCAGAUCAAGACUUAUACUAUCAAGAUGAUUUAAAAAAAUUGGCCCUGGUCACAAAAAGAGACCAUAUGAACGGAAAUGAACUUACCGACACCUUUAAAUCAAAUCAAUUUAUCAUACGCAUGUCUCGUGAUACGUUAUCCCUACUCAAACGGCACCUGCAUGACAAAAAGGAAUCAGUACUCUUAAAUAUUAUUCAGGAACACUUGUACUUCGAUAUGUAUGAGGGAGUAGCACGAAAUAAGGCCCAGAUCGACGCGACUGCUGGUGCAGUUGUAGGGGAAGCAACUCGCUUAGAUAAUAAAGCCAAAGUGUAUUACGGCAUUCCCAAAGCACCUGAUAUACAGACAUUGGCAGCACCUGUUGAGGAUGAAGAAGAAGGCGGCGAACAAGAGACCCCCGACAAACCGAAGAAGAAGAAAGCAAAGAAAGAUCCUUUAUUUUCAAAGAAGACCAAGUCGGAUCCCAAUGCCCCACCUCCUGAUCGUAUUCCCAUUCCGGAUUUGAAAGACAAUGACAAGGUUGAAAAGGUGAAGUCGUUUCGUGAAUCGUGCAGGCGAAUUACUUUAGGGCCAGAGACAAUGCCUUCUGUGUGCUCGUACACAUUACUGAAUGCAAAUUAUACGGUGACCUGUGCAGAAAUUACUGAAGAUUCAAGCAUAUUGGCAGUCGGGUUCAGUGAUUCAAUUGUUAAGGUAUGGACAUUGGUACCGCAAAAAUUGAAAGCUAUGAAAUCCGCUGAACAGCUGCAGGAUGUUAACACGGAUGCCGAAGACGUUUUGGCUCGAAUGAUGGACGAGCGAUCCGGCGAGAGUUCGCGAUCUUUGGUUGGACACGGAGGUACAAUCUACUCUGUGUCAUUCUCACCUGACAGGACGUUAUUGCUGAGUUGCUCAGAAGACAGCACAGUUCGUUUGUGGAGUCUACAAAUUUGGACUUGCCUGGUUGUGUAUAAGGGCCAUAUGUUUCCAGUUUGGGAUGUUAAAUUUUCACCAUUGGGGUACUACUUUGCAACUGCGUCACAUGAUCGCACAGCACGUCUUUGGGCAACAGAUCAUUAUCAGCCUUUACGUGUUUUCGCAGGACAUUUUUCAGAUGUUGAUUGUAUACAAUUUCAUCCAAAUUCGAAUUAUGUGGCGACAGGAUCGAGCGACCGCCGGGUCUGUUUAUGGGAUUGUGUAACUGGAAAUCAUGUACGAAUCAUGACUGGUCACAAAUCGCCAAUCUACGUUUUGGCCUUCAGUAUUUGCGGACGUUUCUUAGCAUCUGCUGGAGCCGAUUGUAACGUACUAAUUUGGGAUUUAGCUCACGGACACUUGGUCGCAGAAUUUCAAGGACACGAAAAGACCAUCCACACGUUGACAUUUAGUAGAUGCGGUAAUUUGUUAGCCUCCGGCUCCUUGGAUCACACCUUGAAAUUGUGGGACUUUAAUAAACUAUCUGAAGACACCAAUUCGGAAGAUGUUAACAUAUCGCAUAAUCCAGAAGUAAAAAUGGGCGAUUUGUAUAUGUUACGGAGUUUCGCUACAAAAUCAUCCCCUAUUAUUGCUUUACAUUUCACUAGGCGUAACUUAUUGUUAGCCGUCAGCAUGUACGAUGGAAUUACUACUUAAAUACUAAACUUCAUUUAUUUAUAAAAAUUACAGAAGUAGGUUAGGUUAUCGAAUGUAACACAGAAUGAAUUUAUGUUUGUAUUAAACGAAUCUUUUGUCUUAUAUACAUUUU